UUCUCGUGAUAGUGAAUAAGUCUCACAAGAUCUGAUGGUUUAUAGUGGGUUCCCACUUUUGCAUCUUGAUCAUUUUUCUCCUGCCGCCGCCUUUCACCUCCCACCAUGAAUCUCAGGCCUCCCGAGUCCUGUGGAACUGUCUUUUAUUGGGUACUGGUUCUUAACUCUGGACUUCUCUACAAGUUUUGUCAAACUAUCAAAAGGAGAGCAAGUUGGAGGCCUGCCAGAGCACCCAGAGGAUGGAAUGAAGCAACAGAGAGGCAUCAGGAAAGGAGAACACAGAUGGAGACAGAGGUGGGAGGCAUAAGCGCCACCUACUGGCACAGGCUUGCACUUGCACAGAUAGGAGGACUGAAAAGUUGGUCAUGGAUGGAAAUAACUGCUCGUUUCACAAAUGAGGAGGCAGAAAAUUCCACUUAAUUUCACUACUAGAAUGCUCAGCAGAAAAAAAAAAAAACUUGGAUUACUGAGCUACAGAACACCCAGACUCAUAGCACUGGGACUUCCAGGUCUGAUCUUAUGAGUGGUUCACAACACUGACAAAGGGGACAGUAUCCAUUAGCCAUUAUCUUGCUGUGUAUGAAUAACCCUCUCUCUUACAAAAAAUAAAGAUAGAUGUGUUCUGAAAUAAUGGAUAAAAUUAAAUGGACUUUCCAGCCACUCACUUCUGCCAAAAAAUCUCACCAAAA